UUUCUAGGUGAAUUAAUUUGGCGUCAACAAUGUGCGAAAUUUAAUACCAAAUGGACGUAAUACAGUUAUUGUUAUGGAAAAGACCAAACUUGAAUAUAUUAGGCUCAUGUGUCAAAUGAAAAUGACUGGAGCAAUUUGUAAGCAGUACAUUUUGAUAUUUUGUAUUAGCUCAAGUUUGAAAGACUUGAAUUAUACCAUCUUUUUUCCACUCACAGAUUCAAUGGUUCUGGCAUUGCGAGGUUUUAAUCAAGCGGAUUGUUCGAAGUUCUUACAAUUUAUCACUGGUACAUCUAAAGUGCCGUUACAAAGUUUUGCUGCGUUAGAAGGCAUGAACGGCAUACAAAAGUUCCAAAUUCACAGAGAAGACAAGUUGACAGACAGGCUUUCAUUUGCACAUAUUUGUUUCAAUCAACUGGAUUUGCCAGUGUACGAGACGUAUGAUAAACUCUGAACAAUUCUACUCAAGGCGACUUACGAAUGCACCAAAGAAUUUGGAUUUGCAUAAGCUUACCAGAAUUUGCUCCUGUACAAUUUCGAUUUCAAUCGAUACAAUUUCUCGUACAAUCGAUGAUAUUCUAGAGACCAAACUUAUGGUUGGAUCUUUACAGCCAGUGAUAACAUUCUGGACGUGCAAUGGCCUAUUGCUUGCAAAAUUUUUAACGUACUUACGAAAAUUGUUAUACGCAAUGUUAUAUGUAAAACUAUCUUGUGAACGUAGCGAAUCACAGUGCUCUAAUUGCUAUAAUAUGUAUUAUUACACUUAUACGACUUUAUAAAUACGAAAUAUAUAUUUUCAUUUUAUCAUACACAUUAA